GGAUAUAUUAUCCUACCAAGUACUUCUCAUCAAAUAGAAAAAUCUUAAAGGCGCACACCUCUACGUUGUCUCGACGAAGCUGCCCAGGAUAAAAUAUAGUCUCCACCAACCCGCUUGUCUACUUCCAAUCCAGUGUCGGUGCCACUGACCAGUCGGCAGUCUGCUUAUUUCAUUCAACAUCGUUGUUCCAUAUGUAAAUCUUGUCCAAGAAAGACAGUUUCCGGUCCUGGCCUGGCUGUGUUGCUCCUUCAACUAAACCAUAGAUCCUGAAGUGUCUGUUUCCGUUUCCAUCUCCACGUGCUCGGCGAUGGAGCAGAGGAAGGGACGGCGGCUGGUACUCUUUCCGAUGCCUCUACAAGGUCACAUAAACCCGAUGCUUCAACUUGCCCAGAUCCUCCACUCAAAGGGCUUCUCCAUUACAGUCAUCCACACAAACUUCAACUCCCCAAAUGCUUCCAACUAUCCCCACUUCACUUUCCACCCAAUCCCCGACCGGCUAGACCAGUCUGACCCCGCCAUGCCGUCGAACAUCGGGUCCCUGCUCUCCCACCUCACCACGAUGUGCGAGGGGCCCUUUGAGGACUGCCUGCGAAAGCUGAUGUUGGACGAGACCGACGAGCCCAUCGGGUGCUUGGUCUCGGAUGCAUUGUUCCACUUCACGCAGGGUGUCUCAGAGAGGCUGAGGAUUCCUAGGAUUGUGCUGAGGACUGGCGGGGCCUGCUCUUUCCAUGUCUUUGCUGCCUUCCCUUUCCUCAAGGAAAAGGGUUACCUCCCAGUACAAGAUUCUAAGCUCGAAGAUCCAAUAAUGGAAUUGGCGCCACUAAAAGUGAAAGACCUUCCAGUGAUCAACACAAGUGACCCAGAGAAGCUCUACCAACUGGCUACUUCUAUGGUCAAUUCAGCCAAGAACUGUGCCGGGUUGAUUUUCAACACAUUCGAAGACCUGGAACAGUCUUCCCUUGAUAAACUCCGCUACGAAUUCCUCAUCCCAAUCUUCCCAAUCGGGCCCUUCCACAAAUUCUGUCCGCCAUCUCUGAGCAGCUUGAUAGCCCAUGAUGAAACUUGCAUCUCUUGGCUUGACAGGCAAGAGCCCGGGUCUGUGAUCUAUGUGAGCUUCGGGAGCAUAGCAGCAAUAGAACAGCCUGAGUAUGAGGAGAUUGCUUGGGGCUUAAGAAACAGCGGCCGCCCAUUCUUAUGGGUGAUCAGGCCCAGUUCAGUCGACGGUGUGGACGGACUUAACCCAGGGCUGGAGGAGAGAGGGUGUAUCGUGAAGUGGGCCCCGCAAGUGGAGGUCCUGUCUCAUCCCUCGGUUGGAGCCUUCUGGACACACUGUGGGUGGAACUCAACCCUGGAGAGCAUCUCCGAAGGGGUCCCAAUGAUUUGCAUGCCGUGCUUCGCGGACCAGAAGGUGAACUCGAGAUUUGUGUGUGACGUUUGGCAGGUGGGGGUGGAGUUGGAGCGUAGUAACGGGCUAGAGAGGGGGAAGAUCCAGAGAGCUAUAAGGAGACUGUUUGACGAGAAGGAAGGAGAAGAGAUCAGAGACAGGAUGCUUCAUUUGAAGGAGAAGGCAAGUCUCUGUCUCAAGCAAGGCGGAUCUACGUUCCAAUCGAUCGGAGGUCUGGCUGAUCAUAUUUUGUCCUUAGAAUCGUUAACUUUCAGUGCUCGUGAAUCCACAGUUUGAUUGUAACUUUCAUGAUUUUGCCAAUACUGAGGUGUUCAGCUUUGUUUGAGCAUUAAUUUUUUAUUCCCCUUAAACAGCUCACGCAAGUGAAAAAAUCUUUGAGGAUUAUGCCCAUAACUAA